AGUACAAAACCAGAGCUCUCAAGCAAGUAAUUCCACUCACCGUCACUGAUUCUUGUCUUUGGUGAUCUCAUGGCCUGCUCGGCCUUCACCCCUCACCUCAACUUCCUCAACCUCUCUCCCCAUCACCGGACAACAAAGGGAUCGAAGGCUCCGCUUUCCUACACUUCCAUUAAUCCUCGUCUGGCUUCGUCAUAUAAUGAUCAUUUCGCGCCCCGCUGCGUCCAUUACCCGAUUCCUCCUUCUUACUCUCGUCGAAGGCUCAGAUUCUAUGUUGGAGCUCAAAUGGACUUUUCUUCGGGGGAAGCACCCCAGUCGCUUGCAUCUGAUGCAACACCCCAAGAAGAAUUUUCUUGGUCUUCUGUAAUUUUCCCUUUUUUGUUCCCUGCAUUGGGUGGCUUAUUAUUUGGGUAUGAUAUUGGAGCCACCUCUGGUGCUACGAUUUCACUGCAGUCACCUGAGCUUAGCGGGAUAACAUGGUUCAACCUCUCUGCCAUUCAGCUUGGGCUUGUGGUUAGUGGUUCUCUGUAUGGAGCUCUUCUAGGCUCCCUUCUUGCAUUCGCUGUUGCUGAUUUCCUUGGGAGGAAGCGAGAACUCAUGGCUGCAGCCUUUUCAUAUGUUCUUGGUGGUUCAAUCACUGCCUAUGCGCCAGAACUUGGCGUCCUCUUAUUAGGAAGGCUGCUUUAUGGCCUAGGCAUAGGUUUGGCCAUGCAUGGGGCUCCUUUGUACAUUGCUGAAACUUGCCCAUCACAAAUCCGUGGAACUCUAGUAUCGUUAAAAGAACUCUUCAUUGUCCUGGGGAUUCUGCUGGGUUAUUUUGUGGGAAGCUUUCAGAUUAACACAGUUGGGGGAUGGCGGUUCAUGUAUGGAAUAAGUGCUCCAGUUGCUGUGCUCAUGGGGCUUGGGAUGUGGCUUCUUCCUUCAUCUCCACGGUGGUUGCUUCUCAGGGCAGUUCAAGGGAAAGGUUCAUUUCAAGAGUUGAAGGAAAAAGCAAUAGUUUCCCUCAGCAGAUUAAGGGGCCGGCUGCCAGGUGAUAAAGUUUCUGAGAGGCAAGUAGAGGAGACCCUUGUCUCAUUGAAGUCUGCCUAUGAAGAAGAGAAAUCAGAGGAGGGGAGUUUCUUGGAGGUGUUUCAGGGGCCCAAUCUUAAAGCCUUCAUAAUUGGUGGGGGUCUAGUCUUAUUCCAACAGAUAACAGGCCAACCAAGUGUUCUAUAUUAUGCAGGUCCAAUUCUUCAGAAUGCUGGAUUUUCGGCUGCAUCUGAUGCCACAAAGGUUUCAGUUGUUAUUGGCUUAUUCAAGUUACUGAUGACUUGGGUUGCUGUCUUGAAAGUCGAUGAUCUGGGGAGAAGACCUCUCCUGAUUGGAGGUGUCAGUGGCAUUGCCCUUUCGUUGGUUCUUCUUUCAGCAUAUUACAGAUUUCUGGGGGGAUUCCCAGUUGUUGCUGUAGCUGCUUUACUUCUCUACGUUGGUUGCUACCAGAUAUCAUUUGGGCCAAUAAGCUGGCUUAUGGUUUCAGAAAUUUUCCCACUUCGGACAAGAGGAAGGGGGAUUAGUCUUGCAGUUCUGGCCAACUUUGCUUCGAAUGCUAUUGUGACCUUUGCAUUCUCUCCAUUAAAGGCAUGGAUGUGUUGGUAUUCAACAGAAAGAGAUUGCCACAAGCCUUUACAAGUAAAUCCACCGCAGGUCAGGAGUGGAUCCGUCGGAUCAGAUCGUCUCAUGAUAGAGAGAGUGUACAUUGGAGAUAAGGUGUUUAAAUUAAAUAUGAGCAAUGAAUCGGCCACAAUGUUGGAAUGUGUUGGGAACUGGGGAUUUAGCUGCGUCAAGUAGAAGCCGACACCAAAACGGUGGUGGAUGCUGUAGAACCCACAAAUGUACUCACUGGCUGGCCUCUGUCUUGUGACUGCCGCUCGCCUGUAUACAGUCACUGACUUGAUUUCUCUCCGUUUAUCUUUUGUAUCAUCUCCGAUUAUACAUCAGUUAUUGUGAUUCUACAUCCAUAUCUUAUUCUAGUGCCCGGAGAUUUCAUAGAUCCCACCACACUAUGCACAGUAUAUGGGCAACCUGAUUUUUUUCUUGCAAUUUAAACUGUUCACGUCUUAUCCAAAUUAAAUAUAUAUUUUACACAUCUCA